AUGUGGAAAGAUGUUAAGAUAGUUCAUGGAAAACCUCGUCAUAGUCAAACACAAGCCUCAGUUGAAAGGGCCAAUCAGGAUAUACAGAAUAUGUUAACUGCAUGGAUGAACGAUAAUGAUACAAAUAAAUGGUCAAAUGGUUUGCCUUUUGUACAAUUUGCCAAGAACACUACAUAUCACGAAGGAAUAUGCCAAAGUCUUUAUGAAGCCAUGUUUGGCAUUAAACCAAAAAUAAGCAUAGCAUCAUCAUCUUUGCCUGGCAAACAAAUCGCAAAUAUUGAAACUGAAGAACAGCUCAAAGAAACUGUUAAUACUUUUGAAGAAAAUUUGAGCAGUGGCCAUAAUGAAUACCAUAGUCCAAAGGAAAAUAUUAAAGAGCUGCAAUCCACCACGUCUUCAUAUCAAGCCCUGACUGAACAACACAAAAUUAUUUCUAUAAAAAGAGCAGCCACGAAAGAGAAUCUUCUACUGCAAGCAACGAAAAUGUUACAAACCUCAAAAAAAAAAUUUCCUUCUGCUCAAAUUGGUGAUACAGUACGAAUAUAA